AUGAUUGGAUUGUUUCGUUCUUUGCUUUUGUCUCAAAAAGAAGAAUUACGCUACAUUGAAAUGGCUGACACAGAUCCGAUGCAAUUGAUCACCUGUCCAUAUAACAAAGCCCACCAAGUAGAGCGCUAUCGGAUGCAUAUACACUUGCAGAAAUGCAGAAAGCAAUAUCCCCAUUGUGAUAAAGUUAACUGUCCAUUUGACGCCACACAUGUUAUCAAUAAUGUAGAAUUAGAUUUUCACAUAAGCACAUGUAAGAAACGCGACAUGCUAGACACUCAAGUCUAUAUUUUGGACGAUGAGUACCGUCCAAAUGUGGAGAUAAUUGGUAGCGCAGCGAAUGUAGACAGUGAUGAGUUAUGGGAAUCAAAUGCAACAACUUAUAAGCCGGAUGUUACAGCAAAGGCACCUCAUAUAAUUAGGAAAGUUAAGGGUGCUACACCAUCAGAGAGGCGACAAGCACGAAUGGAAGCGAUAAAAACGUACAAACCUCCACAGCCUUAG